GUAAGAGCAGAUCUCGCUGACUCGCUGAUAACCGAUCAGUCAUUAUCGAUUUCACGGUAUUUCGAUCAACUGAUCGCAUUUUUCAGCACAUUAUUAUUGGAAUUUUUCCAAAAAAUUUCAAAUUUGUAUACUUAUAAAAAGAAACAAGAAUCCGCCAAAGGGAAUCGAGCGAGUACAAGGAAGAUUGAGAGAAUUAAUGGAAAUAGCUGGAUUGCUCAGACGACGGAUGAAGGCUCUGGAUUUCCGUUCAGGUGAAGAAGCCCCUACCCAAUUGCCUCUCUUUCUCCAAAUUACAUAGCCGCCCCCUCUCCGUUCGUCGUACGGAGACAAGGAGCAUAAGGAGUAUUGGAAUUUGAAGAAAAAAGAAAUCCGGGAUUUGAACGGAGGAGGAGAAAUGGAAUCGCCAGUGGACGUGGUGGUGGAGGAGAUUAUGGGAAUUCAUAGAUCGUUGCCGGCCAGACCGGGAAUUGACGAGGUGGAGGCGGCUAAGGCCUUGAUCAAGAACGUGGAGAAAGAGGACCAAGCGAGACUCGAUGCCAUUGCGAGGCAUACCAAGAGCCCUGAUGUACCGGAGGAGCUCUUCAUGGUGUUGCAAGAGAUGCGCAAGAACUUGUUGUUUUUCCAAAGCAAAGAGCAGAAGCGGGAAGCUUUGAGACUGCUCGACCUCGACAACCUCCACUCCCUGUUCGAUGAAUUUAUUCAGAGAGCUUCCAAAUGUCUGCCUUCCACGACUUCAGGCUCAGGACGCCGUUUCUCUAAUGAGCCCAAAUUUCCUGCGCCUACUUCUACUUCUACUUCUACUUCGACGUCGACCUCGUACUACUCCGAGAAAGAACCCGUAAAGACUUCUGAAUUGUUCACCAGAGAUGACAGCUAUGUCACCAAGGCCAAGUCAACGCUCUACGCGGAUGGCCUUGGGAUUGGGAUUGGGAUUGGCCACAGUGUUUCGUCCACAGCCCAGAUAUUGGAUCCUUCUCUAAAACCUCCUACCACUUCUUCAGGUCAAGAUGGAGAAAAAUUGAGUUUGAUAAAGCUUGCUAGUUUAAUUGAAGUGUCUGCAAAGAAAGGCACUCGAGAUCUCAAUCUUCAGAACAAGUUGAUGGAUCAAAUUGAAUGGCUGCCUGACUCAAUAGGAAAGUUGUCGGGUUUGAUCACCCUAGAUUUAUCUGAGAAUCGGAUUGUGGCCCUACCAGACACCAUAGGAGGCCUUUCAUCCUUGACAAAGUUGGAUUUGCAUUCGAACAAGAUCUCUGAACUCCCAGAUUCUGUAGGAGACCUCCUUAGCCUGAUCCAUUUGGACCUUAGUGGAAACCAGUUAUCAUCUCUGCCUGCUACCUUUGGCAGAUUGGUCCGUCUUCAGGAGCUUGAUUUGAGCUCAAAUGGGCUCUCUUUGCUUCCUGAGUCGAUAGGAUCACUUGUUAGCCUGAAGAAAUUGAGUGUUGACACGAAUGAUAUUGAAGAAAUUCCGCAUACCAUUGACCGGUGUACUUCACUAAAAGAACUUCAUGCAGAUUAUAACCGACUUAAAGCUCUUCCAGAAGCUGUAGGGAAGAUUGAGACCCUUGAGGUUUUGUCAGUCCGUUACAAUAAUAUCAAACAAUUACCAACGACAAUGUCAUCUCUAUCAAGCCUGAGGGAGCUUGAUGUCAAUUUUAACGAGCUCGAAUCAGUGCCUGAGAGCCUGUGUUUUGCAACCACACUUGUGAAGAUGAAUAUAGGAAACAAUUUUGCGGACCUGAAAUCUCUACCAAGGUCUAUUGGGAACCUUGAGAUGCUUCAAGAGUUGGAUAUUAGCAAUAACCAGAUACGGAUGCUUCCAGAUUCCUUUAGGAUGCUCACAAAUUUACGUGUACUACGCGUGGAAGGAAAUCCUCUGGAAGUUCCACCAAGAGACGUAGUUGAAAUGGGUGCACAGGCUGUUGUUCAAUACAUGGCUGACCUUUUUGAGAAAAGGAAAAAAGUGGAUGUUAGACCACCAUCGGUUAAGCAGAAAAAAAGCUGGGCUCAGAUCUGCUUCUUUUCCAGGUCUAACAAAAGGAAGCGCAAUGGUGCAGAUUAUGUGAAAGCCUGAUUGAUUACAGCAUUGCUGACUAGAAAUGUGACAUCAUCUUUCUGUUGGGAUAUUUGCCAUUGGUGGGUCGACGAGAGCGGAGAUCUCGCUGCAAUGACUAUGCAUCUGGUGUGCGUGGCUUUGACUUUUAUAUCUCAAAAUGUAGAUUUCUUUUCAUCUCCCACCCUUCCCACCUUUUUUUUUUUUUUUUUUUUCCAUGAUUUUAUUCUCUAGUCUGUUCUUCUCUAUUGUACUGUUACUAUUUCUGUUACCAUCGAGCAUGUACAAUUUAGGCGGAAAAAAGCUUGGGAAGAUGGGGGAGAUAAUGUUGUAAUCUGUUUUUCUCUUCCAUUGUUGAUGAAAUUUGAGUUUUAACA